UGCAGUGAGCCGAGAUUGUGCCACUGCACUCCAGCCUGGCGGCAGAAUGAGACUCUGUCUCAAAAAAACAAAAAAAACCCUGCAGUUCCUCUAUGAGGAUUGCCUUUUCCCACCCCCCUCAACUAAGCUAGGCCUCUGCUGGGUGUUCCCUAAGCAUACUGUUCCCUGACCUUAAUGUGCAUCAGGCUUUGUUGUAUAAUUACCUGCUAAAAUUUUUUCCUCGUGGACUCUGAGCUCACUGAGGUCUGUGACAAAAAAUACUUAAUCUUUAUGGCCUGGCACAUCGUGGAUAAUCCAUAAAUAUUUGUUGAAGAAAGGAAGGGGCCUGCGGCUGCGGGUGGGAGAGGUAUUCCAGGCAGAGGGACUAAUGUGUAUAAAGACUUGAAGAUGGGAAAAUGCUGGCUUCAUUAAAUAGUAUGUGGUUUGGUGUUGAGGCCUUGUGCUUGGUGGGGCCUAAGGAGAAAGAGGCUAGUGGGAGAUUGAGGCUGGAGUGUGGAGGGCCUUUUAUGUCACAUUAGAGUUUGGGUGGGGCAUGGUAGCUCAUGCCCGCAAUCUCAGUACUUUGGGGGAGGCCGAGGCUACGGGAUUGCCUGAGCCUGGGAGUUGAAGACCAGCCCAGGCAACAAAGCAAGACCCUGUCUCUAUAGGAUUUUUUUUUUGAGACGGAGUCUUACUCCAUUGCCCAGGCUGGAGCGCAGUGGUGCAAUUUCGGCUCAUUGCAGCCUCCGCCUCCUGGGUUCAAGCAAUUCUCCUACCUCAGCCACCCACCCAAGUAGCUGGGAUUACCGGUGUGCACCACCACACCUGGCUAAUUUUUGUAUUUUUAGUAGAGACUGGGUUUUACCAUAUUUGCCAGGCUGGUCUCGAACUCCUGACCUCAAGUGAUCUGUCCAGCUUGUCCUCCCAAAGUGCUGGGAUUACAGGUGUGAGCCACCGUGCCCAGCCUAUACAGAAAAUUUAAAAAUUAAAAAAUUUUUCUGGGAUUGAUGGUGUGCGCCUGUAAUCCCAGCUACUCAGCAGGAGGCUGAGGUGGGAGGAUUGCUUGAACCCAGGAGUUCAAGGCUGCAGUGAGCCGUGAUCGAACGACUGCACUACUGUCAGGUGACAAGGCAAGACUGUCUAGUAAAAAGAGUUUGUCGUUGAUCUAGAGGCAGCAGAGGCCUCUUGAGACAGCUCUAAAGGGCCCUCAGUAAAGCCUAUUUUUCUCUUUCUCUAAAGCUGUGAAAUCUUAUCAGUCAGUACUUUGUUGCUGGAUUAUAUUGCUUGAGAUUAUGCUUAUCCAGACUACUUGGCUCUCUUUAUCUCCCCAGCAGAUUCUGCAGGUGGGAGAAGUUUAUAGCCUGUUUUGCGAUCCCUCCUGAGCAUGAUUUUAAGUAUUUGUUCUGUGGUGUUUGGAUGCGGAGACAUGAUCUGACUUGCAGUUGGCAAGAGCUCUGCUCCAUCCUAUUUGUUUCACCCCUCUGUCCACUUAUUUCCCUCUUCCUGACCACUUUGAACCUGAUGCCAGCCCCUCGCAGUCACUGCAUUGCAUCUGGAUGAGCCACAUUUCUUACUGAAUCCGUGAGCUCUAGGGGAGCAUAGAGAUAAUGGAGUCAGGGGGCACAGUGUGGCCACUGUGAAGGAAGCAGCUUAGGCCCCAGAAGUCUCCAGCAGUGGGCAGUACCGAGGCGGCCAGGGUGUUAACUCUCACCCCAGGGAGCUGAAUUUGGCUUUUCUGUGGGAAGGUGUCUGGGAAGAAUAUCAGAGACCAAUAGCGCUCAGGGGGCCCUUUCUUGGGGCUGUCCAGUGUGGAAACACCCCAUCCUACACCAGUGGUUCCUGAUUCCGGCUCUGAAUCAGAUUCACAAGGGCAACUUUUUUUUUUUUUUUUUUUUUGAUAUGGAGUCUUGCUGUUGCCCAGGCUAGAGUGCAGUGGCGCGAUCUCGGCUCACUACAACCUCCGUCUCCCGGGUUCAAGAGAUUCUCCUGCCUCAGCCUCCGAGUACCUGGGAUUACAGGCAGGCACCACCAAGCCUGGCUAAUUUUUUUGUAUUUUUUAGUAGAGAUGGGAUUUCGCCAUAUUGGCCAGGCUGGUCUCGAACUCCUGACCUUGUGAUCCACCCGUCUUGGGCUCCCAAUGUGCUUUGGUUCUUGGCGUGAGCCACUGCACCCGGCCUAGGGCAGCUUUUUAUAAGCACAGAUGCCCAGGCCCUACUCUUGAAGAUUGCAAUUCAGUAGAUCUGGGUUGAGGACCAAGCAUCUGCAUGUUUUAAGAAGCCACAGGUUAUUUUUGAGGUGUAGCAAGGAUUGAAAGAACAGAAAACUUGGAUUUGGAAAACUACUUGUGACUUUAGGCAGUGAGUCAGUUUCCUAAUGCACACAUUGGGGAAUUCUAUAGGAAUGCUGUGAGAAGCAAAUAAUACAUAGAGAGAGUGCUUUAUACAGCGAUACACUGCACAGACACACUUGCCUUCAACAUCAGCUGCCAGCAUAGAUUUUCAAAAUGGCUGCAGCUCCUCAAGCACCGGGGCGGGGAUCUGUCCGUAAGACGAGACCUGUGGUUGUGAAGACAUCGUUGAACAACCCAUACAUCAUCCGCUGGAGUGCUCUGGAGAGUGAGGAUAUGCACUUCAUCCUAAAAACGCUUGAGGACAGGCUUAAAGCUAUCGGACUAAAGAAGAUUGAAGAUAAGAAGAAAAAGAACAAAACACCUUUUCUGAAAAAAGAAAGCAGAGAGAAAUGCGGCAUUGCUGUUGAUAUUAGUGAGAAUCUGAAGGAGAAGAAAACAGAUGCUAAGCAGCAAGUGUCAGGGUGGACACCUGCACACGUCAGGAAGCAGCUUGCCAUUGGCGUUAACGAAGUUACCAGAGCCCUGGAAAGGAGUGAACUGCUGUUGGUUCUGGUGUGUAAAUCAGUCAAGCCUGCCAUGAUCACCUCACAUUUGAUUCAGUUAAGCCUAAGCAGAACUGUCCCUGCCUGUCAGGUCCCCCGGCUCAGUGAGAGAAUCGCCCCCGUCAUUGGCUUAAAAUGUGUUCUAGCCUUGGGGUUCAAAAAGAACACCACUGACUUUGUGGACGAAGUAAGAGCCAUCAUCCCCAGAGUCCCCAGUUUAAGUGUACCAUGGCUUCAAGACAGAAUUGAAGAUUCUGGGGAAAAUUUAGAGACUGAACCUCUGGAAAGCCAAGACAGAGAGCUUUUGGACACUUCAUUUGAAGAUCUGUCAAAACCUAAGAGAAAGCUUGCCGAUGGUCGGCAGGCUUCUGUAACAUUACAACCCCUUAAAAUAAAGAAACUGAUUCCAAACCCUAAUAAGAUAAGGAAACCACCCAAAAGUAAAAAAGCUACUCCAAAGUAAUCUUGCAUAAACUUGUCAUGUCAUACAGUCUGUGAAAGGACACCUUGUAAAGAAGCCUUGAAACUAAUAAAAUGAGUUAUAUUUACAUAGA